GCUUUAAAAAGUUCAUAUACAAAUUUUCUCAUUAAUGAAAUAUUUAAAGAAAAAAACUAAAAAUCAACAUUGCUUUUAUAUAUCUUGGUAUGAGCAAUUAUUAUUGACUCGUACCACUGCAAGAGCACUUAUACACACACACGCACGCUCUUGUACUACGCAUUAGUGCGAACGUAUUUAAUGCGAGUUCUGACUGUAUCGAGUACCACUAUUCGUGCAGCAUUCGGUUCUUCUACAUUAACGGGUGUACCCCCUUAUAUCUUCUAAAUUUAUAUCGUUUGUUUGUUUGCUUGUUUUUUUUUUUUUUUUUUUUUUUUUUUUUUUUUUUUUUUUUUUUUUUUUUUUUUUUUUUUUUAACAGAUAAAGAAAGAAAAAAACCAACACAGUUACGUACCCACCACCAUCACGGAAUUUGCUACGAUUUAUGUUAAUUAUAUCCCUUUUAAAAAAAUAUAUAAAAAAACUAUACAACUAUACUUGUUUGUUUAACAACAUACACACAUACAAAUAAAUUGGGAGCCAUCUCAUUGGCAAGAUGGCAAAUGCAACUGCAGCAGCAACUGCAGCAGCAACUGCAACAACAACAACAACAACAAUACCACCAGGUGGUAAUCCAGAAAAAAAGAUCGAUUCGAUGAAAAUAAAAGAUGAAGAAAUAACAAUACCAUGGAAAUCGAUGAGUUUACGUCAAAAAUGGACACUUUUAACGAGCAACAUAACCGUGGAACCAAUGAUAGCAUGUUACGUUAUACCAAGUAUGUUGGCAUCAUUGGCAACACAAAAUUUAAAUUUAGAAAAAGCAUGCAGAGUCAAUUUAGGAUACUCAGAUGAGAUUUGUACGAAUUUGGCGGCAAGAAAUACGACAGGUUUGGAAAUGGAAGAAACUGCGGUACAACAAUUGGUUGCCGGUAUGCAAACGUGGAAAACAGCAUUGCAAAGUGGUUUACCGAUAUUGUUGAUAUUAUUUAUGGGUGCUUGGAGCGAUAAAACUGGUUAUAGAAAACCAUGUAUGUUAUUGCCAAUAGUUGGUGAAUUUUUGAGUAGUGUCAGUUUGAUAGCAUGCACCUAUUGGUUUUAUGAAUUACCCAUGGAAGCUACGGGUGUUUUGGAAGCAUUAUGGCCUUCAUUGGCUGGUGGUUGGUUCACUAUGUUUAUGGGUGUAUUCAGUUACAUAGCAGACAUAACGUCGAUAGAAUCAAGGACAUUGAGAAUAGGUGCGGCUAAUGUUUUUUUUUCGCUCGGUGUACCAAUAGGUAUGGCCCUUUCCGGUGUUUUGUAUAUAAAACUUGGUUUCUAUGGUGUAUUCAGUAUAUCCAUGAUGUGUUAUGUCAUGAGUUUCAUAUACGGAUUGGUUGUUAUCAAAGAACCACCAAGAAGACCAAUUAAUAAUAAACAACCUAUUGAUAAAGAUCAAUUUUUAAAUAAGAACAUGAUGAUUGAUAAAAGGAACGUGUCUUUUUUUGCAUCUGCCAAGGACUUUUUUUCAUUGAAACACAUCGAGGAAACGUUUAGCGUUGCCUUUAAAAAGGGUGCUAAUAAUAGACAGAAAAGGGUCAUCAUGCUUAUGAUCAUUGUGAUGGUUGUCAUUGGACCAUUGUAUGGUGAAAUGGCAGUAUUAUAUUUAUAUAUGAGAUAUAGAUACAAUUGGAAUGAAGUUAAGUUUAGUAUGUGGUCAACAUAUGGUAUGGUGACCAAUCUUAUUGGAACCACAUUAUCCGUUGGUGUUUUUAGUUAUAUACUCAAGGUAGACGAUGCUAUAGUUGGAAUAAUGAGUUGUAUGAGUAAAAUAUUAGCUAGUUUCGUAUAUGCAUUUGCAACGACCGAUUGGAUGAUUUAUUUAGGUGCUUUGGUUGAAAUAGUAAAUGGAACAUCAUUUAUUGCAAUGCGAUCUAUUGCUUCGAAAUUAGUACCAUCUGAUGAACUUGGCAAGGUUAAUUCGUUAUUUGGCGUUUGUGAAUCAUUGAUGCCAUUGGUUUACGGACCCAUGUAUAGUUCUAUUUAUGCCACGACCAUGAAUACAUUUCCAGGAGCAUUUUUCAUCGUCGGUGGUUGUAUGACUAUACCAGCUGUUUUCGGUUUCUUAUGGCUUUACUCGGAACACAGAAAAGAUCGAAUAGAAUUGGAAAGAGAAACUAAAGCUAAAUUAAACGACAAAGAAAACGAUGAAAAAAUAACGAAAGUGUUAACCAUAAGUGAGAUAAAUGAAAGCUGUGCUAAGAACGGUAUCGAGAAUAUGGCAUUUGAAACUGAACACCUAUAACGUGAAUUGUAUUUAGUUGUAAUGAAGGUUUUAUGUAAUGUUCAAACGUACAAUCAAUCAGUGGAUAUAAACAAAUGUUCAGCUUAUUACGAACAAUAUAUAA